CAGCCGGCCGGCAAGGCCAGGGGGAAAGCUGCCCCAGCACCGAAGAAGGCUCUCAAAGGCGACCGCGGCUUUACUGACGAAAACGCAAAAUGGCUGAAAUUGAAACGGAAACAGCCGGAGCCUGAGGCGGAUGAUUCUGACGCCGAGGACGAGCUAGACAGCGCUGAUGAGGACCUUGGUAUCAUGGACGAUGAAUUUGGUGGCGGCCGCAGCGAUGACGGAGGCAGCGAAGGGCAGGACGACGAGGGCGAGGACAGCGAGGACGACGAUGAUGAUGAUGAUCAUGAUCCGCUCCAGGGAAAGGAAUUCGUGGACGACGGCGACAGCGACGAUGAUGACGACGAGGGGGAGGGGGGUGAAGACGCGGAAGAUGAUGACGAGGAUGAUGAUAUGGACGGGCCAGGCGGACCUGACUCGGGCGACAUGGGGGAUCUGCUGGGUGAGGACGAGGAGGAGGAUGAAGGGGAAGGCGAGUCGGAGGACGACGACGACGACGACGACGAUGAUGAUGAUGAUGAUGAUGAUGAAGAGAUGACGGAGGCGGAGAAGCAGUCCCUGGCGCUAGACAAGUUUAGGCGCAAGCAGGCUACGCUGGCUGCUCGGGAGGCUCGUGACAUGGCAGCUGAGGCGGACAUCGACACCAACAUGGAGGAGGGCGCCACGUUCACAUUGCCCAGUGGGCAGCAGGUAGACGUGGUGGAGGCUGAGAAGCUUGCGCCCCCCGACCUGGCUCUGGUGGCUCGCCGCAUGAAGGCCACCGUGGCAGUGCUGGAGACUUUCAGCUCCCGGCGGGAGCCGGGUCGCAGUCGGGCGGACUACCUAGCGCAACUGAAGCGGGAUCUGGGCACCUACUACGGGUAUAACGACUUCAUGAUUGACAUGUACCUCAAUAUGUUCAGUGUGGCCGAGGCUCUGGAGCUGAUGGAGGCCAAUGAGGUGCCCCGACCCAUCACCCUCCGCACCAACACCCUCAGAACCCGGAGGAGGGAGCUGGCGGCCGCCCUCAUCCAGAGGGGGGUGUCACUGGACCCCAUAGGGCCCUGGUCUAAGGUGGGGCUGGUGGUGUACGAGUCCAAGGUGCCCAUUGGCGCCACGCCCGAGUACAUGGCGGGUCAUUACAUGCUGCAGGGCGCCUCCUCCUUCAUGCCCGUCAUGGCUCUGGCCCCCCAGCCGGAGGAGACCGUCGUGGACAUGGCAGCUGCUCCCGGUGGCAAAACCACCUAUAUCGCCGCCCUCAUGCGCAAUACGGGCACCAUCUUCGCCAAUGAGAUCUCCAAGGACCGCCUCAAGUCCAUCACCGGCAACCUGACGCGCCUGGGCGUCACCAACACCAUUGUCUGCAACUACGACGGCCGAGAGCUGCCCGGGGUGUUGGGGGAGAGGUCGGUGGACCGGGUGCUGCUGGAUGCGCCUUGCUCGGGGACUGGGGUGGUGUCCAAGGACCCGACGGUCAAGACCUCCAAGUCCCAGCAGGACAUUUGGCGGUGCGGCCACCUCCAGAAGGAGCUGCUGCUGGCAGCCAUUGACAUGGUGGACGCCAACAGCCCCACCGGCGGCUACAUUGUCUACUCGACCUGCUCUGUGUGUGUUGAGGAAGACGAGGUCAUCAUCAACUAUGCGCUACGCAAACGGAACGUCAAGGUAGUGCCCACGGGCCUGGAGUUUGGGCGCGAAGGGUUCGUUCGCUAUCGGGACUUCCGCUUCCACCCCUCGCUCAAGCACGCCAGGCGCUUCUAUCCACACGCGCAUAACCUGGACGGCUUCUUCGUCUGCAAGCUUAAGAAGCUUUCCAACGAACCCAAGAAGGCAACUGGGGAUGGGGACGAGGAAGAGGAAAAUGAGGAGGAGGAGGCGGCAGUGGCCGACGGGGCAGCCGAUAACGACGACCCCGACGUGGCGUCAGGCAGAAAGGGUGGCAAGAAGGGCGGUCAGCAAGAGCCUAAGCCCGUGAUCAUCCCCGUCAGCAGGCCUAAGUUGCACCCCAAGGGUGCUCAGCGUACGCCGUCCAAGAAGGUUCUGGACGAGCAGCCGGCCGAGGAUGACCCCGACAUGGCAGCAAACAUGGCACAGCUUAAGGAGGCCCUUGCCAAGAAGGCGACUAAGGCCAAGGGCGAUGGCGCGAAUGGAGCGGCUCCGGCAAAGGCCAAAAGUGCCAAGGAAGGGAAGGGCGGCGGCAAGGCGAGGGGGGCGGACGUGGCUGCCGACGAUGAGUCCGAAGGGGCCCAGCAGGAGGAGAAGGAGCGGCUUGCAGUGGGAGUCAGCGCACGCGCGGGGACCAGCGGUCGUGGACAGGUUUUGCAGGAGAAGCAGCGAGCCAAGGCGGCCCAGCAGACAGCAGCUGCGGAGGAUGGCGGUAAGGCUGGGGGCCUGACGCAGGCAGCAGGAGGCGUGGAGAAAGGGAAAACGGGAAGCGGCAAAGCGUUACCUGUGGGCGGAACACAUGCAACCACGGCCGCACCCAAGAGCACGACCGAGGCCAACGGCCGGGUGCCAACCUCGGCCAAGAAGCAGCAACAGGAAGGCAAGCCAGCUGAGCGGCAGCAGCAGCGGAGGCAGCAGCAGCAAGAGCGGGUCAAGGCAGACGGAGGGACGAAGCGGCCAAGCACACCGGCUGACGGGAAGGCCAAGGCAGGGAGUCGAGCCGCACAUAUGCCCAAGAAGCAGAGGAAAUGACCUAAGAGACUGAGGCUUGGUUGCAGAUCCUGUCUGAGAAAGGGGCGACCGGGCCUGAACUUGAUUUGCUAGAUGUCUUGAAGGGAUACACGUCCCCGCACGGCAUGCGAGAAUAUGAUGUCAUGUAUGCGUGGAAGGAGAGGUGCUCAUGAGGUUUGCAUCUGGCGGUACCGGCGGCUGAUGCGCGCUGCAUUAGGCACACUGCAUACUCGCUUUUGUUUGUUAAAUUCUCAGUCCUCAAUGUCCUUCUCGUCGUGUGUCAUAAAAAGUUUAUGAUGCAUGCGUAAGCAAGGGUAAUGCUGAUAGGUGGAGUCUGAGCGGACUUAGGUGGAAACGGUGCUUACUAGCAGGCAAGCUGGCACGCAGCACAGCACCUUGCGAACUCAGCAAAUGCUGCCAGCGCCGCAGUGUUGCAGCGUUCAAUGCACGCCAGUGUACAGUGAGCCGAUGGGAUCGUGUAAUUGAUUGCAGUCGG